AGAGAGACGUGAACGAAGUGAUGUUGCUGAAGAUUAUGGUGAUUUAGUGCACAUUCUCACCCACAGAGUUCCAUCAGUAUCGUGCAGGCAGGAAUACACAACAGUCAAUCCGAUCCACGGCACAACGCCUAGCUUGCGCCAGCAACAACGAAGCUCCUAUCCUACACUAAUGCAAACCUCAGAGCUUACAGAAGGAAUGGAUUUAUCUUCAGUUGUAAGUUCGGAUAGCAAUUCUAGUGAUGACUUAUUCGAUGGUAGCGGAGCAGCCUCAUCCAUGUCAUCCUCGCCAACAAGAGUACCACGCAAGAGGAACGUAUCAAUUGGAGGAACAGAGAACGUCCUCAGAACAAGCAGAAGAACAAUCUACACAGCUGGACGACCACCCUGGUAUAAUGCUCAUGGACAGCUUCAGGGAGCAUUUGUCAUAGGUCUAUGCGGGGGAAGUGCAUCUGGUAAGACCACUGUUGCGAACAAGAUCAUUGAGGAAUUAGACGUGCCCUGGGUCAUUCUAUUAUCAAUGGAUUCAUUUUACAAGGUUUUGAAUGAAGAACAGCAUCAGAAAGCUGCUGAUAAUGAAUACAACUUUGACCAUCCUGACGCUUUUGACUACGAGCUCCUCAUCAAGACGCUGAGGAAAUUGAAAGAUGGCAAACGAGUUGAGGUUCCCGUCUAUGAUUUUGCAACUCAUUCAAGAAUAAAGGAGAAGAAAGUUAUGUAUGGAGCUAAUGUUGUGAUAUUUGAGGGCAUUUUAUCCUUUGUGAACAAAAGACUCCUUGAAAUAAUGGACCUGAAAAUCUUUGUUGACACAGACUCGGAUAUAAGGCUGGCACGUAGGCUAAAGCGAGAUAUUACAGAGCGAGGACGUGACUUAGUUGGUGUUCUGAAGCAAUAUAAUAAGUAUGUGAAACCUGCAUUUGAACAGUUUAUUGAGCCUUCAAUACAGUAUGCAGAUAUUGUUGUUCCAAGAGGUGCUGAAAAUGAAGUUGCUAUGAGUCUGAUUGUGCAACAUGUACAAGACCAGCUAGAACUUAGGGGAUUCAAUUUCAGAGCAGAUUUACUAUCAGCACAUCUUAAUCAACCUCUACCAGAAACUCUGCAUCAAGUGAAAGAUACGAUUCAGGUUCGAGGUCUGCACACAUUUAUAAGGAACAAGGAUACUUCAAGAGAUGAGUUUAUCUUCUACUCUAAACGACUUACUAGAAUCUUAAUAGAACAUGCCCUUGCUUUAUUACCAUUUGAGACACAUGAAGUGGACACACCUCAGGGGUCAACUUAUGUAGGCAAGCGUUUUAAAGGAAGGAUUUGUGGUGUGUCAAUCCUUCGAGCUGGUGAGGUGAUGGAACCAGCACUAUGUGAAGUGUGUAAAGACAUUCGACUUGGAAAGAUUUUAAUUCAAACCAACAUGGAUACGGAUGAACCGGAACUGCACUAUCUUAGACUCCCAAAGGACAUCAAUGAGGAUUAUGUGAUUUUGAUGGAUGCUACUGUAGCAACAGGUGCAGCAGCUAUGAUGGCCAUCAGGGUGUUGCUUGAUCAUGAUGUUGCUGAACAGAACAUAAUGCUUGUGUCAUUGUUGAUGGCCGAGUCAGGUGUACAUACUGUUGCAUAUGCAUUUCCAAAGGUGAAAAUUGUUACAACAGCUGUAGAUAAAGAAGUGAAUGAAAACUUCCACAUUAUCCCUGGCAUAGGUAAUUUUGGAAAUAGGUAUUUUGGAACAGAUAUUUUAUGAAAUGAUACAGUAUUUUAGAGAUUGUAAUUAAUACUAAUUGAUGUUAACCUACCUUUGCUACACUGCCAUCCAGUAUUAGCUCAGACCACCCUGUGGCAGAUGGAUACAUAACACCUAUUGAGAGGAUGCUAACCACCACAUUCAAGAGAGGUUACAAAACAGUUCCCAUCCCAGUUUUGCUGAUUAAUUGGUGCUGUAAAAUGUCUGGUUUAUAGAAUUUUUUUUUUUAAACAGACUGUUAACAGACAUAACUGUGUCUGUUUAGUUUGUGUUUUUAUCAUUGAAUCUAUUUUUUUGUUUUUGUACACACGAAUGAAAUGUGUAAUAUCCAUUAUUAUGCAAAUAUAGUAUCAUAAAACGAACUGAUGUCAUUAUUUUUCCAUACAAUGAGUUGAUUCAUAGUAUUUAGAGUAUUUUUACAUAAAUAAAAUUAAGUGAUGUGAUAUCUUAUGUUUAAGAAUGUAUUGGAAUAUAUUUAAUGAUUUGAAAAGGAGUGGAUAUAGUAUUGUUGAAUGAGUGAUAAUAUUGUGAUUAUACUAUAUUGUAAAGGAUGAUGUUGAUACUGUAUAGGUAAUAUUCUAGAAAAUUAUGAUGAUGUUAAUGAUAAAGUAUUUUAAUACUGAUAACACAGGUCUUCCUCUAAUUAUAGACUGCCCAAUUAAAGACCACCUUUAUGUAACCCCAAGUAAAUACUUAUCUUUUAUCUUAUAAUAAUAAUUUUUCCUCCUAAAGCUGCUAAAGAAUAGGAAAACAACAAUGGUUCUAAAAGUGGUCUUUUAUUUGAAGGGAGACUUGUAUAAUUAAUUAUUAUGUAAAUGAGGUUACUGAUUGGAAUUGGUUGGUUGAGCGGUUAAGGCAGGGGCGCUGCAACCCACAACCAUAAUAUCAGCGCUGGUGCCAGUAGGUGGGGGGGGGUGGUUAUGGUUAAGGCAAAGCCCCCCUCUUCCAGUCUUCCCGAGAACCUCCUUUUUUUUUUUCUUUUCAUUUUAUAUUUUUAAAUAUUCUAUUAUGUUGUUUUCUUUUACUGUUACUUACUGUUUGUUAAUUAACCGCAGCAGUGAACCCUAUUUUGCUUUGCAUUGUCAAUCUCAAUAGAACUCUCUAAUUCAGGAUAUAAUUGUCCUCUUUUUUUCCUCUUUUCUGGCGAGGGGUUAGGGUUUAUGAAGUUUUUUUUUUUUUAUUCCUACUAGCUAUUUAUAUUUUGAAUGGACAGGGUUGUUACAGCUGCUAAGGCAUGCAAGUUUUUCUGAAUUUAUCAGAUAUUAAAAUAUAUUUCAUAUAUAUUUGACACUGCAUUGUAGAAAUCCUAUUUAUUAUUUUCUAUUAUUAUAUUUCUUGUAUAGUAUGUAGUGCCUUGCUCGAUACAUUGCUUAUGUUUUGUCCGUACUGCCUCAUGACGCUGCAAGUGAUAUAAAAAGAGGCAUCAAAAUUUAAUAAGAUAACAAAGUCAUUAUUACCAUGAAAACAGUUCCAUUACGUAACUGAGAAGGGCCAGAUAAGCCAAAACUGUUUGUAAUAACGACUUUAUGUUAUUCUUUUAAAUUUUAAUACCACCUUUUAUAUUACUUGCAGCAUCAUGGGCCAGUACAGAAAGUACAAAAACGGUAUUAUUAUAUUGACAUUGUAAAACAAAGAGUUAAGAAUGCACAAUUAGACUGAUCACUAUUGCACAAAAUCCUAUGAUCUGUCGUUCUGCUAGUCUCUAUGAAACAGAGUAUAAAUGUACAGUUACCUUGCAUAAAAUGUUAUACAGGGUGUAUACUAAAUGUCAGACUUUUUGAAAUAUUACAUCAUCACCUUCUUAAAUUCCAUACACGCCGACAGUAAAAAGUGAGCUGUGCCUGUUACCAUGCAUAGAUUCAUGCUAAAAUAUCUUGCGAGUGUAUGGUACUCUGCAACAUUUUUCAUUUUUUCUUGUUUUUCAUUUAACGUGUCGACAGAUUAAUUUUAAUAAAAAGAAUUACAAGCCUACCUGGUGCCAUGUACUACAAAAAUAUACCAUAUACUGUAAGAGAAGACAGCUGUGUAAUUCAUUAAGAUACAGGUCCCCCUCGAAUUAAAAACCUCCUCCACCAAAGACAACUUUUCUGUGAUCUCAAAUUAACAAAUGUCUAAUUUUUAUUGUCCCAAAAGUGAUUUUUAAUUGGAAGGGAGACCUGUAUUUGCAUAAUUAUUGGUAAUACAACAAUAAUCAUUAUUUCUAAACUUGCAUCCUUCAAAGAAAUGUAUAAAACAUUUUAAAAUAGUGAUGGAAUUUUGUUGUAAUAUUCUGUUCUGAACAUUGAUAAUAAUAUACAGUAUUAAAGUACUAGAUUUGAAAACAAAA